AUGGGUCAUUCGCGUGUCCGCUCGUUUAUAUCCAGCUUUGGAGGGUCGAAAUACAAUGGAUCUGGCAAAGAAAGCAGAAAGUCCUCGGGCGACGUUACGCCAACAUCCAAUGCGACCCCGGCCCAUACACCACCUCGCUGGCAAACUCCUCCUCCUGAGACCCCAUCUCCUCCGACCGAGUCGUCUCCUGUGAGUUCUGGGCCAAGAGUGGGGGGCAAAGCGCGGCCGGCAUCAAUGAUCCUCUCGCGCAAUCCGCCUCUCAUGCACCAGGCAGACGAUACCCCGCCGGAGUUAUCGCCAAUCUUCUCCUUCCUCAACAUCCACACGAAUAAGGUCUAUCAAGAAGGUUACUUCUUGAAAUUCAAUGAUCUGGACACUCAUGGGCGGCCAUGUCCUGACCGACAAUGGGUGGAAUGCUACGCACAACUGGUCGGAACUGUUCUUUCUCUAUGGGAUGGUGCUGCGCUGGACGCAGCAGGUGGAGAAGAGGUUCCGGCUACUUUCAUCAAUUUGGCCGACGCGACCCUUAAGAUGGUUGACACUCUUCCGGUCCGAGGCGGAUCUGAACCCGCCUUGAAAAACGUCGUGAGCAUUUCCUCCGCGGGCAAAAAUCGAUAUCUUCUGCAUUUCAACUCGUUCAAUUCCCUGACUCAAUGGACUGCGGCAAUUCGUCUCUCGAUGUUCGAACACACAUCUUUAUAUGAAGCCUACACUGGCUCAUUGAUCGGGGCGAAAGGAAAAGACCUCAACGGGAUCAGCUCCAUCUUGCUACCCACGAAGUUCAAGUAUCAAGAUUGGGCGCGCGUGCGAUUUGGGGCCGGUACUCCGUGGAGACGGUGCUGGUUUGUGAUCAAUCCGCCCGACGAAAAAGAGAUCCAAAAGGCGCGAAAGGUGAUGAAGAAAUCAGCAUACGAUCGCCUGUCGAUCCCUGUUACCGGAAAUAUCAAGUUCUACGAGACAAAGAAGACGAAAAAGGCGAUCCCCAUUGCCACGGUCACCCAGGUAUUCUCGGCAUAUGCGAUUUAUCCGCAGUCCCAGGCUUUGAUUGAUGCAUCCACGCUGGUGAAGUUAGAAGGACGGAUAACUACUCACCAACCCGAGUCUUCCUCAGAAGGACUCGUUUUUGUCAUGCCUGAGCCACAUGCCGCUGUUUCUGGUUUCGAGAUGAUGCUGCGCUUCCUUUUCCCGACAUUCGACACAUUCAAUCUCUACGGCCGCCCUACUCGCUUGGUAGCGGAUACAAAUCACAUCAAGAGCAUCAUGUUUGCAUUCCCCAAGGAGCGGCGCUACGGUUAUCUUGAUAUCUUGGACGUUGCCAGUCUUCUUCAAACCCCGGGAAGCCAAGAAUGGAGCGAAGCCCAGUGGAGGAAACAGCUCAAAGAGGCAACACAGCGCCGAAUCUCAUCGGGCAGGGCCAGAACUAAUAGUGUCAACAGUGUGAGACCUCGCUAUCGCUCCGCGUCUGGCUCUGGCCCAGGCAAUGAUGUCCCCUUGGAUUCUGCACGCCAUCAAUUUGCCGGGCUGGAGGGCAAACCAGAGUUUCACCAUUCUACCGACGCCAUCAUUCAUGAAGUUCCUAAGCACGAUGGCCCGCCCAGUGCCUACCACACCCGCGGAUACUCUGACACCACGGGCUUCACCGCAGGUUCCAAGCUAGCCCAUCAAUCUCUUGUUGAGAGUUCACCUGACUCGUCAUUACACGAUCUGGCGCACCGUGGCCCCUCUGUGGUGACUCCCAUCGCCGAGAGUCUCAGUUCGGAAAGCGAGGCGAAUCUUCCGCAGUUUUCCGGUUCACGAGUGGAAGAGCAGCUUCCCCCACGCACCCCACCGGCUCCUGUUGAAAAUCCACCUGCAUUCUCGCACGGACCCAAAGAGAUGCCCUCUAAUCGACCUGAGGCUUCUUCGGCUCAGAGGCGGGCAAACAACCGGAUGUCUCACGCGACCCUUUCCCAGUUGGCAUCAGUUGGAACGAUGGGGCUGAGCGCGGCAGCUGCCGGUGCCGCAUGGAAAAGCCACCAAGGACAAAGCAAGGACGACCAACAGGUCCAGGACAAGAGUCAAUACAAUGCUUACAAUCCUGGUCCUGUUGCAUCUCCAAAUUCCCUCGCACACUCAUCGAGCGACGAGGGCAUCAAUCUUGCGCUGCCAGUUCGGCCUCCCUCGGUUCCGGAGCAUCGCCUCGGCACACCAAACAGUACCGGCAGUCCAUCAUCUCAACGAUUGUCUUCCCAGCAAAAUUCCCCCUCUCGGGUGCAUAUUGAUCCUGCAAAAUCCGUGCGACGCAAGCCGCUUCCCCAGCAAAAUCUUUUCGGAACAGAGCCACAGUCACUGGAAGAACCAAGCUAUGAUGAUCUUCGCCAUACUCUUGAUGAAGAUGCGCUGAACAGCAUUGCGCCUCAUCUUCCAUCAAUGUCAUCUUCUGUCUACAAAAAUGACAACGAAGAUGAAAGUGUCUACGAUGAUGCAUCGACAGCCUCGCCGGAUUAUGCCAGCACUCACGAAUCCGUGUACAGCAAGAAAUCCGCCACGUCCACUAAACCCAGAAUGGGCGUCAUGAAGACAGUGGGAGUCCCAGAGCCCAAGGAUUAUGUCAUUGGUGAUGCUCGUUAUGCCGUGGAUAAGCCUCCGACUUCGAAUCCGGAUAUUCCUACCGUGGAUUUCGGCCCAACCAUGACUUACAUGCCCACUACAGGGCGCCCGAACACGUCAGACACACUGAAGAGGCCAGUGCAUCAACGGAACAAUUCGUCGGGGACCAAGUUCGCCGUGCCCACUCAACCGAUUGACCAAUCCAAUGUUCGGCCUUCGAGCCGGGAGGAGUAUCGACGGAGUAUGAUGUGGCAGCCUGGAAUGGCCACCGGACGCCCUGCUACUCCAGGCGGUCUCACCCCGGAGCAGUUUGUGCAGCAACGGGCAACAGCCAGUCCCCCGGCGCCGGUUCACGGCCGCACUCCUUCUAAUCCUAUGUCAGUGCAACGUCCUGCCUCUGGCGACUGGACACAAUAUGCCCGUCCGCAUUCGCCCAUGAACACUCAGCGGGAUCCCAACUACCGCCCCUCGUCGCGCGGUGCUCAGAGUAUGCUUAAUUACAACGAUGCUUCGACUCAUCUCUCCGCUCGUGAGCAGGAGCAUGUUGCUCGCAUGACUGGUUCCUCGUUCUUCAACAUGUCAAAUGACAAUCGGAAGCAACAGGCGCCUGUAAGCCCCAUGGGUCUUGUGUCGCACAUCGAUGCCAGGGAGCGCGAAAAGCGUGAGAUGAGGGAAGGAAUGUCGAAUCAAGCGGUUCAACAGGCCAUCGCCCAACGUCAGCAACACAUGAUGCAACAGCAACAGUACACACAUCAGCAAAUGCAGCAGGCUGGAUCUAUAUACCCGUCUCAGUAUGGCCAGCAAGAGUCUCUGUACAACAUUCCUGGAGCCAGUCAGACAUGGGAUGCCCUCAAUCAAACGAACCGACCCGACGCACCCCGUCGAUCGUCCUGGUACGGACAGCUCGCCGCCCAGGCUCCUCAACCGGCACCCAGUUAUCAUCCCAGUCAGGGUUAUCCCCAAGAGCCGAAUUACUAUAGCUAUGCUAGGUAA